AUGAAAUGGCCUCUGACCGGAUUAUCUCAACUAUUCUCUCAAUUGUUUGAAGAUGCAGAUGACUAUGAUAUUAUUAUCAAAGUUGGAGAGGAUCCCAAUAAAAGAGAAUUUCGUGCACAUUCUAAUAUCUUGAGAGUUCGUUCUCCUUAUUUUAAAAGAGCCCUUUCACAAGAUUUGGAUACAGAUGAAAAUAACAUGUUCAACUUUACUAAAUCAAAUAUUUCUCCCACCGUCUUUGAAAUGAUAAUUAGGUUUAUGUAUACUGGCAUUCUUGAUUUGAGAGAACAUCUUGGUUCCACUAUUCUUGAUAUUCUUGUAGCUUCUGAUGAAUUGCUUAUUGAAGAAAAAGAUUCUAAUUCAAGAAUUCCAAAGGAUAUUGAAUGUUCUUUUAAUCUUAUUUACCUUGGAAGUAGGGAUGGUUAUGACAUCAAUAAUAUACGAAGUAAGUGUAAUGGACAUAAAACAUGUAUUUUAGUUAUUAAAAUUGCAGAAAAUGAUACAAUAAUUUGUGGUUAUAAUCCUAUUGGAUGGAAGUACAAUGUUCAAAAUCAGAACAAUUCUAAUAGAGAUUAUUGGGUUAAUACUACCGAAAGUUAUAUUUUUUCUUUAGGUGAUGGAAACGAUUUGAAUAAUUUUAAAAUUAGUCGAGUUGUGAAUAGUAAAUAUGCAAUUUAUGAAUCGAAUUAUCAAAGUUUACCAUUAUCUUUGGAUAAACAAGAUGAGUUGGAAAGUGUAUUAAAUAAAUACAAAGGAACCGGUAUGGCUUAA